CUAUAUCCAGCCAACCAUCCAUCUUUUUCUAACCUAAAAAUUCCAUCACAUCUUCCAAUUCCUAUUCCUAUUCCACUCUCUUCUAUGUAAAGCAAAGUUAUACUAAUGCAUCAUAUGUCAUAUAUACAUGAAGCUAUUUCUUCACCAUUUUUGUUUGGUUUGAUCAAGUAGACAUAAUAAACAAAUCAGGGUUCUGGUCUUGGUAUGAUCAAUAAGUAGCUAGGAAGCAAAUAUAUUGAAAGGAUAUUUUGUGUAGGGCUGUACUCCUGGCGGCGUCGGCGCAGAACAGGUGCACUGCUCUAGUGUGCUCUUGCUAUGUACCAUCAAGGAAUUUGGAUAGCAAAGGUGAAGAAAUUAACAACAGAAGCAGCAGCAGCAACAUCAAGAAGGGGUCUGCUGUGGGAAAGACUAUUAAAGAUGGGGUCAUGGAAGAAGUUGGUAAUAAUGAUGAAUUACAAUUAGGCCAAGACAGGAUCAGCAAUGGUGGCAGCAGCAACAGUAGAUGCAGUAGUAGUGCUGGGACAAAUGGGCCUCACAUUGAACUAAUUCCCACUCGCAAGAGUAAUCUCAAGAAAACAACUACACUAGUAGACGAGGAGAAUCAGUUAAAAACAGAAAGGAGGAAAGUAAGUUGGCCAGAUGCUCAUGGAAAGGAUAUUGCUCAUGUUCAGGAGUUUGAGCCAAGUGUGUCAGACGAUGGAGAGCUGGAGGGAGUUAGGAACUCAUGCGUUUGUGCAAUUCAAUGAAGCAACAUUCGCUGAUAGAGUUCAAAAAUGCAAUUCCCCACAUGUUGAUACAGAAAGUACUGACAGAAAUAUGCUGCAUCAGAUUCAACAAUGCCCCAAAACUGAUUAGCUGAAACAAAUGAUCGGCUAUCUGUUCAAAGUAGGGAUGCAUUGCAGACAGAUUUGUCAAGUAUAAAGACUCGUUUAUGGUUAAGGAAUGCAUGAAAAAUGAGUUUUGCUGCUUAAUUAGUGCCAACAAGAGUCUUCAUUGUUCAAUCAAUGUCUUUAAAUCUGAGGCAUGGGGAGAAGAGGCAUGGCCCCCUCUCCGGCAGGGGUGUUAAUUUUGAGUGUUCCCUUGUGCCCCACCC